AUGGAGGUGAUUCAACGAAGACGGGACUUCGGGGAGCCCCGCCAGAACUUCACGCUGAGCUGGGACGAUUACAAGAAGGGAUUCGGGGAUCUGGAGCGGGAGUUCUGGUUUGGGAACGACUUCGUCCAUCGGAUGACGUCGGAGGAGCCGUAUGUCCUGCGGGUGGACCUGGCGGACUUCGAGGGGAACCGGGCGUACGCUCAGUACUCCGUCUUUAUCGUCGGAUCGGGUGAGGAAGGCUACCCGCUGAAGGUGGAGGGAUACGAAGGAAACGGGACGGACUCGCUCUCGGCUCACUCGGGGUCGAAAUUCAGCACCUGGGACAGGGACAACGACGAUGCGCCGGAGUGCUGCCCGUGUGCCCCGGCGUAUGGAGGAGGGUGGUGGUUCUACUCGUGCUUCGAGUCCAAUCUCAACGGGCAGUUCUUUCCGGAUCCCACCGAGAAUGGAUACUAUCAGGGGAUCAUCUGGGAGCAUUGGAAAGGGGACUACAGUCUGGCGAGCUCCGAGAUGAAGAUUCGCCCCAAAUGGUUUCAUUCCUUGAUGGAGAGUGGGGCAUUUGCAGAUGCCCCAGCGGAUGGAGACACCGCCACCACCACCCCCUGGUGGGUGGGGCUGGGCAUCUCGCCGGUUCCGGAUCCCUGA